AUGGUCGCGGUGAAGGUUUACACGAUUCUCCUACGUUACAUCAGUGAAUAUGUCAGCCCAUCUGUAUAUGACGGGGACAGUGACGGAACCAUCAAAGUCCCCUCUCCGGACACUUUAUACACAGCCGUGCACAGCGAGUAUGGCGCCCCUGAUUCCGAACCACCUGAUAGUCCACAUUCAGAGAUCGCGAGUGGCUACAUCAAUGGGGACAACGCAGUCAGUGAGGGUUACUCUGUGGAUGCCUUCUUCAUCACAGAUGGGCGGUCUCGUCGAAAAGUGUUAAGUGGAGGACGAUCCAUCCAGAGGCAUAGCUGCAGCGAGUGCGGGAAGAGCUAUGCUACAUCUUCUAACCUAAGUCGACACAAACAGACUCAUCGCAGCCUAGACAGCAAGCUAGCCAAGAAGUGCCCGACGUGUGGCAAGGUAUAUGUGUCCAUGCCGGCCAUGGCCAUGCAUCUACUCACACAUGACCUCAAGCACAAGUGUGAAGCCUGCGGGAAAGCCUUCAGCCGACCGUGGCUUCUGCAGGGCCACAUGAGGUCCCACACAGGGGAAAAGCCCUUUGGCUGCGCCCACUGUGGCAAAGCCUUUGCUGACCGCUCCAACCUCCGUGCCCAUAUGCAGACACACUCCACCUUCAAACACUACAAGUGCAAACGUUGCAGCAAGACCUUCGCUCUCAAGUCCUAUCUUAACAAACACUAUGAGUCGGCCUGCUUCAAGGGCGCGGUGCCUCCACUUAGCCCAAUGGAGGACUGA